GGAUAGGCCCAGGAAAACGAAGAAAUGGAUCAGCCCCUGCAGAAUGGACAAGAAGACCGCCCUUUGGGAGGAGGUGAUGGCCACCAGCCUGCAGCAAACAACCACAACCUAAGAGGACAGGCUCGCCGAUUUGCCCCUAACUUUCGAUGGGUCAUACCCAACAGGCAGAUUCAUGAUGGGUUGGGUGGAGAUGGAGAUGAUAUGGAAAUGUUCAUGGAGGAGAUGAGAGAAGUCAGGAGAAAACUUAGGGAGCUACAGUUGAGAAAUUGCCUGUGUAUUCUUAUGGGGGAGCUCUCUAAUCACCAUGAUCAUCACGAUGAAUUCUGCCUUAUGCCUUGACUUCAGCCAUUAUCCAUGAGAUUCAUACUGUGAUUCCCGAUGUAUUCCUGUACCUUGCAUUUUCCUGACAUGCCUUUACUGAUCUGUUUGUGGUGAGCCUUGUGUUACUUCCAUGUGCCAGCUGGGUCUUGUGUUGCCAGCUUCUCUAAUUGC